GUCGGAACACACACACACACACACACACACACACACCUCAUUCAUAACCAGACGUCUCCCCCUACUCUGCAAUGACUGACUCUAACGCGCCUGUUCUCCAGCUGACUGAGGAGGGCGGCCAUGGAGGUAAAGCUCAACAGAAGAAGCAAAAGAAAUCGGAGUCCUGGAGACCUCAGGAGGCUAAAGACCGGUUUGCCAUGCUGGAGUCUCUCCCUGAGGAGGAGCAGCAGGAGAUCCAGAGAGCUCUGCACCUCUUCUCUCUGGGCCAGAGCCUCCCCAGGACCCUGCAGGAGGCACUGAGACACACCUACCGCUUCUGGGACUCCCAGCCUGUCCCCAAACUGGGGGGGGCUGAUGGGACCCAUGUCGGCCCGAUAACGGAGCCAGACGGCCUGGUACGCCGGGAACAAUACUCCCUACCUCCAGGGUUCACCUGGGACACUCUGGACCCCACCAGCCUGUCUGUGUUGGAGGAGCUGUGUGUGCUGCUCAGUGAGAACUACAUUGAGGAGGACGACAACACACUCCGACGGCAAUUCAACCCUGAAUACCUGAAGUGGGUCCUAAUGCCCCCCGGCUGGCAGGCCCAGUGGCUCUGUGGACUCAGGGUGAGCACCAAUCAGAAGCUGGUUGGGUUCAUCUCCGCUGCUCCCACCAACCUUCGUAUUCAUGAUACGGAGAGGGUGGUGGCACAGGUCAACUUCCUGUGUGUCCACAGGAAGUUGCGUCAGAAGAGGAUGAGUCCAGUUCUGAUCCGGGAGCUGACCAGGAGGGUGCAGCAGCAGGGGGUGUCCCAGGCCGUCUACACGGCCCCCGUGGUCCUACCAACUCCUCUGGCCACCUGCCGAUUCUGGAAUCGGCCGCUGAGUCCCCGUAAGUUAAUGGAUGUUGACUAUCCUGGCCUGAGACUCAACACCAAACUCCACCUCAAACUGCAGCGCCUACCCAAGCUUCCCAAGACCCCUGGCAUGCGGCCCCUGACUCUUCAGGACAUACCCGGAGCCAUGAACCUGCUCCACACACACUUUCUGGAGUCUGGUCUAAGCCCCACCCUCUCGCCCCAGGAGGCUGUGCAUUGGCUGCUGCCCAGGGAGGACGUGAUGGACAGCUAUGUGGUAGAGGCGAGCGACGGGACAGGGCUGACCGACCUGGUGAGUUUCUACACCGUCUCCACUCGGGUCCUCAACCAUCCUGUCCACAGCCACCUGAGGGAGGCCCGCCUGUUAUACUGUGUCACCACGGCAACGGAACCGGUGGACCUUGUUGAGGACACCCUGGUGCUGGCCAAGGCUAAAGGUCUUGACCUCUUCAGCGUGCUGGAUGUAAUGGGAAACAGCUGCUUCCUGGAAAAGCUCAAGUUUGUCCCUAGUAAAGACUAUCUCCAUUACUACCUGUACAACUGGGCAUGCCCAACCAUACACCCUGACAAGGUCGCUUUACUGGUCCCCAACUGACCCUGUUCCUUGGGUCCGAUCAUUCAACGUUGUAGCAGCAAAUCCCAAUUCGAUAGGGGGCUCCCGACUGCAUCAUAUAAAGUGCCGUUAUGAUUAUACAUUGAUCUCAGAUCCAUCAGAUGGUAUUAGUGUAAAUACACUGCAUGGAAAUCUGUAUUUUUACAUCAUAGGCCUACAUAUGGAUGAAAAUAUGCAAUAAUGUUCACGUUUGCUGCCUUUUGUGACUUGAUCUUAUUAAAAAA